AUGUCGUGCAUGCUGCUACGACCCAGGCUCGCGAUUACAACCCCUCCUACUGUCUUUCUUUCUUUUUCAACCCCUCAGUCAGGACGAAUGAGCGCAUUACUCCCUCGAAAUUUCCAUACCAGAGUGUUUCGCUCCAUUUCCCGAUCAUCUUCCACGUCAUCCACACACGCGAUUAGAGUUCGACCGACGAACAACAACACAUACUCCCAGCUCCUGCGCGCACCACAAGUAAUCUCCAGGUUCUCCACGAGCACGCACUUCAGCAUGUCCGACGCAGACUACGCCGCUUUCCUGGACAAGGCGAACCAGGACCCCAGCGAGGGCUACGCCAAGCCCGCGAGCAAGAAGAACAACGAGUUCAAGGCGCAGGACGAGGGCGCCGAGCUGCCCAAGGCCAUCGAGGAGGUGUUGAAGCAGGACAAGGUGUACAUUUCCGACGCAGACGAGCCGUUUGUCGGCGUUGCGCUUGGGUGGGAUGAGGGCGGCAAGGGUCUACCUGACGAGGUUGAAUUCGCUCAGUUGAUUCAGCAUCCUGACCCCGAGAACGCGGACGUCGACCUCCAGGACCCCUUUGACUGGGAUUCGAACGGCGAUUACAAGGACAUCAUCGAGGCGGUUCGCAAGGCGGGCAAGGGCAAUGAUGUUAGAGUGUACAGGGUGCCCAAGGGCGGCGUGAGGACAGAGUAUUGGGUGGUUACGACGGAGGGCAAGGGCAAGGGGGCGAGACUUGUUGGUGUCAAGGCUUUGUCUGUUGAAAGCUGA